UCUAUGACAACUGUGAACAUGGCGACACGUGAAGGAAGAACCAAACUCAAAGAGACAGGAAAAGCGAAAGGGUCCGGGAACACACGUCAACAUCGUUGGCUUCAUCUUAAAUGCAAUUUCAAAAUUCGCGUUGGAUACUGGAGCCCAACUUUGCCAUAAUUAACUAUGAUUCGUUUGGUAAUCCUUGAAUAAAGUAUAUGUGUUUGUUUGAUAAUGGAACUGUAGUGGACCAGAAAAUAAAUGUGUAAUGUGCUACUUCUAUUGGAAUUUUUACAAGAAUAAACAUAAAUUAAUUAGAAAUAAGAGAGAAAGUGAAGAUAGGUUCUCAAAUGAGACUUUUUUGAGAAAUUCUAUGAGAUAUGUGUUUUACAGAUACUAAUUCAAUUUCUUAAAAUAACUAAAAUUUAAUUAUGUAACUAAAUUAUAGUAAAAUUAAAAUAGUUUUUGUUUGAAAAAUUAUUAGAGGUCCUAAGCAAUAAGGGUGUUUUUAUAACAUCUUCUAAUGCUCUGUCAUAAUUAAUAAUUACACAAGCAGACAAACAACAGGAAAAUACAAAGAUGCCAAUCUCAAGAAUUAAACUUUGAAAUACAAACAUAGCAAAAAUAAGUAUAAGCCCUAUACAUGAAUGUGGUUAUUUGUUACGUCACAGUUAUCAUCUUAAUAAUCUCACGGCUCAAUGAUCCAUAUUUCUCAAUUCAACAACGAGUAUCUACUAACCCGAUUCUUCCGGCGAACAAGGACCAAAACCGCCAUUCCCGUUCAGCUUAGGCUGUAAAAUAUUCCCUUAAUUACCCAAAAUAGGUGAACACGUGUUGUCACACUCUUACAUAUAGGUUCCAGCUAAAAACUAACGGCCAAGAACUGUUUUCAUUGAAGCGAUAUAACGAGAAGCUCCUUUCGUAUUUUCAUAAAUUUUGAACCCAUAGGAGGCGUUUCAGGAUCCAGUUUUGUGAUUGAAGAAUGGCCGACGGUGAAGACAUUCAACCGCUUGUUUGCGACAAUGGAACUGGAAUGGUUAAGGCCGGAUUUGCGGGUGACGAUGCACCAAGAGCAGUUUUCCCGAGCAUUGUAGGCCGUCCUCGUCACACGGGUGUUAUGGUUGGGAUGGGACAAAAGGAUGCUUAUGUUGGAGACGAGGCACAGUCAAAACGUGGUAUCUUGACACUCAAAUACCCAAUUGAACAUGGAAUUGUUAACAAUUGGGAUGACAUGGAGAAGAUUUGGCAUCACACUUUCUACAACGAGCUUCGUGUUGCCCCUGAAGAACAUCCAGUUCUCUUAACCGAAGCUCCACUCAAUCCCAAGGCUAACCGGGAGAAGAUGACUCAGAUCAUGUUUGAAACAUUCAACACUCCUGCUAUGUAUGUUGCCAUUCAAGCUGUUUUGUCACUCUACGCUAGUGGCCGUACAACUGGUAUUGUUUUGGACUCUGGAGAUGGUGUGAGUCACACGGUUCCAAUCUACGAGGGGUAUGCUCUUCCACAUGCAAUCCUACGUCUUGAUUUAGCGGGGCGUGACCUCACGGACUACCUCAUGAAAAUUCUAACAGAGCGCGGUUACUCUUUCACCACAACUGCUGAGCGUGAAAUCGUUAGAGACAUGAAAGAGAAGCUUUCCUACAUUGCUCUAGACUACGAACAAGAGCUAGAGACCUCCAAUACAAGUUCUUCCGUAGAAAAAAGCUUUGAGCUUCCCGAUGGACAAGUGAUAACCAUUGGUGCAGAGCGGUUCCGGUGCCCAGAAGUUUUGUUUCAGCCAUCAAUGAUUGGAAUGGAAAAUCCCGGAAUCCAUGAAACCACAUAUAACUCUAUCAUGAAAUGUGAUGUGGAUAUUAGAAAAGAUUUGUAUGGGAACAUUGUGCUAAGUGGUGGAACCACAAUGUUUGGUGGGAUUGGUGAUAGAAUGAGCAAAGAGAUUACGGCUUUGGCUCCGAGCAGUAUGAAGAUUAAGGUUGUGGCUCCACCUGAGAGGAAGUACAGUGUUUGGAUCGGUGGCUCUAUAUUGGCUUCACUCAGCACUUUCCAGCAGAUGUGGAUUGCGAAGGCAGAAUAUGAUGAAUCAGGACCAUCAAUUGUGCAUAGGAAGUGCUUCUAAUCACACUUCUUGAAAGCACCAAAGGAAGAUUGAAGUUCCCA